AUGAGCGCAGAUUCGAUCCGGCAGCUUGCCAGCAACCUGCCAGAGGAUGCCGAUGCGCGACGAGAAAUCUACAAGGCUGCCAAAGAAUUGAUGUGGCGUUCAGAACCACCGCGUGAGACCAACUUUCGCAUCUUCUGGUCCAAUGGCGCAGCUGCAGCAGGAGUCGCUGCCACUGACUUGGGGCUAUUUCGGAUACUCGCAAAAGAGCCAAAUCGAGCGUUUUCGGCCGAAGAAUUGUCGAAAUCCACGGGAGCCGAUGUAACACUGUUGACACGGCUCCUCAAAGUACUGGCUGCAUGGGGAUAUGUUGGUCAACCUGGGCCAAACGCUUUCCAAGCAACCAAUAACACCAUUGCGCUCACGACGCCAUUCGCCGAAGGUGCAGCUCAAGUGCAGACGCAGUUCAGUGGGCCGAUGUUCAAUGCGCUGCCUGAAUAUCUCAAGAAGAUUGGAUACAAGAACCCGUCAGACACAUCCAGUACGCCAUUCCACAUGGCCUACAAUACCACCAAGGACAUCUUCGAAUGGUUUGCUGAGAACAAAGAGUGGAGUGACAAGGUCAGUCGUCGAGCAGUCAUCAGAUGGACGUUCUUACUGACGACGGGCAGGUGAUGGGAUUCAUGGGUGUGCAGAGAGAAGGCCAGGCGCCGUGGAUGCCGCGAAGGGAGCUGAUGCAAGGAUUCGACGUCGCGUUGUCAUCGGAAGAUCUUCAGAAGGGGCGAGCCCAGUUCGUGGACGUCGGCGGUGCUGUCGGCCACCAGUCCAUUGCCUUCCGCGAAGCUUACCCGGAGCUCACGGGUCCCGUCAUCCUUCAAGAUUUGCCGUUCAUUGUCGACCUGGCUCGCAAGAAUCCUCGCACUGGUGAAGUCAAGGUGACAAUCCAGCCACACGACUUCAUGACGCCGGAGACGCCCGAGGCCAAGGGUGCCAAGAUAUUCUAUAUACGGAACGUGCUUCAUGACUGGAACGACGGCAAGAACUCGGUCAUCCUUGGCCACAUUCGCGAUGCCAUGGCGGAGGACUCUAUCCUCAUUAUCGAUGAGGCGGUCGUACCCGACGUUGAUAUGGCCGUCCAAGUGGCGGCUUACGACAUGGUCAUGAUGGCCAUGCCAGCCGCGCAGGAGCGCCCGGAAGCUUUGUGGAGGGAUCUGGUGGAGCGACAGGUCGGGCUGAAGAUUCGGGAUAUCCGCAAGUACGAUGAGUCGAGCUGUGACAGCCUGAUCUUCAUCACGAAGUCCUGA